UAAGAAGUCCAACCCUUAAAAUCCACCUAUAUAUACGAAAUCACUUUUUCUAUUGGCCUAGCUGAAAUCAAGUCUUCAACGCGUUUUUUUAUAUAUUCGAUCUUCCUACAUCUCUCAAAAAACAAGAAAAGAAUAAAUAUGUCGAUGGUUAAAUACUACGAUAAAGAGGAACAUAUUGGGUUUCGGUUUCAUCCUUCUGACCAAGAACUCAUCCUCCGUUAUCUCGGGCCUAAGGUUGCCAAAAGAUCAAAUAAAGAAUUUGAACUAGAAGACAAGACCGACCUCUAUGCCAAAGAGCCGUGGCGGUUGACUCACACAGAGACUGACUUUUUCGAACCUAACGAGUGGUUCUACUUCGUAAAACUGAAUCAUCUCUCUGAAAAUGUCACUGGAAAACGCAUGAGCCUCAAAGUCAAAGGAGAGACGUGUGAUGGAUGUUGGAAACCCUCUGGGAAGUUGAGAGAUAUCGUGUUGGAAGAUACCGGUGAAGUGAUUGGGAAGAAGAGGAGUCUCAGUUUCUACGUCAAAGGUGAGAGUAACGCGAGUGGUUGGACCAUGACGGAAUACUAUCUCCAAGACGGUGGCUCAUUCCAUUAUCAAGUUCUCUGCCACCUUAAAGGACCAUGAUUAUGUGUCUUGGUGAAUUUUCAGUGAAUAGGAUGACUUCUACUUCUAUUUUAUUUUACUAUGUUUAGUUUGAAAAUUACUUUUGUAGGCUUAUUUAUUUAGAUUCCUCAUAAAAACUUUAAAUGUAAGGAGAAUCUCAUAUGUUUUCUUCUUUAUUUAAAGACAUAAGAUCAUUAAAGUUUUUAUGAGGAGCUUUGUAACUGUUUACCUGCAGCUUGAUUUCAUAAACGGAAAAACAUUUUCUUAAUCUAAUGAAACUUUUGAAUAAA